AUGUCUUCCUCCCUCCCUUCACCACCCCCAACCCCAUUAGCGAGCUCUCAUCGCGCCAACGGCCAGCACGACGUCGAACACGGGACUGCGCAAGAUGUUGCCGACCGACUGGCUCGUCUGUGCCGGUGUCUGCACAUCACCGCACAUGUGCGAAGCAUGGACGUCUAUCCACCGGAAAACCUCAUAAAUGAGUGUUCAGGACGCGAACCGCGAGCCAUGACGCCUCUCUGGCACUUCUCCUCCGCGCCGACCUGCCACAAGACCUGUUCGAGAUCUCACGUUCGCGGUGUUCGCUUUGGGGACAGCUCAUACGAGAAGAGGUUGCAACAGCUCGGGGCGCAUGAACACUGUGGGAGAGGCGAAGGAGACGAGCAGCACCACCUGGGGUCCUGGAUACUUACCUUGACCGAAGUGUUCUCCAAACGGUCGAUUCUCUUGACGAUCUCCCGCCCGCACGCGUCUCUGUUACGGACGCGCCGGGCUGUGGUGGACGCCAAACGAGAUCCGCUGGUAGCUGAUAGGCAGUACCAUACCGCUACAUUUGACUGGAAUCAAGAUCACACAGAUACGGCCGGGGAUGUUGCCGUCAUACAUUCUGAGGCGGCACACGCAGACGUCGAGUCGUUCUUGUCAUGCAUAGGUUUUGCGAAUACUUCGGAUAAUCCAAUAUUGGUGCAGCAUAUAUUGAAAGGUGACACCACCACCAUUCGGGAGAUUUUUACGCGAUACCUUGACAUCAAUGCGACAGAACGAGAAAAGCUCGACGAGUUCCUCAGCGAGGAAGGCGCGAACGAUCCGCGAGUACUCGAAGAGUUCCGCUCAGCCAAGAUCCCAAGGGAGUACGGACCUCCUCCCUACUUCUUUCUCCUCGCUCUGACCACAUCCCGUCAGGCACACCCGCGCAACAUACACCUCUGCAUCGCGAUCGUCACCUACCGCACCAUGCUCAAGAUCCCCCGCAGUGGCACCUGCACGACCUGGCUUGCCGGCCUCGCGCCUGGCACCAGCUCCGCCACGCCCGUCAUCUGCAUCGGGCCCGGCACAGGCGUCGCCCCCAUGCGCGCCGUCAUCCAAGAGCGCGUCCACCUCUCCACCUCUGGCCCCACAAAGACCACCACUACGGAUCGGAGUGGACGGCGCUCGCCGCCGCGGCUCGCUCACCUACCGCCCGCGUUCUCGCGCGACGGUCCCGCGGGCGCGGCGCGGCGGUACGUGCAGGACCUGCUGCGGCAGGACGCGGCGCGCGUGUGGGCGCUCGUUGGGGAGCGCGGCGCGCGCGUGUAUGUGUCCGGGUCGGCGAACAAGAUGCCCGCGGGGGUGCGCGCCGCGCUCGUGUUCGCGGCGGAGAGCGCGGGGGGGUUGGCAGAGGCGGAUGCGAGGGAGUACGUGGCGGGGAUGGAGCGCGAGGGGAGGUUGGUCGAAGAGUGUUGGAGCUGA